GCCGCGACGGUGGUGGCGGCGGCGCGGGCCGGGAAACUUUGCCCCUUUGUGCGCUCCGCCCCGGAGGCGGCGGGCAGGCAGCGCUGCCUUCUCCAUCAUCCUGACCCGGGAGAAGAAAUAACGGAGGAGAAACUCCUCACCCUGCCCUGCCCCCGUCACACACCUACUGGCACACCUCAUGCCUGGGUCCAGAGUGGGUGAGGGUGAAGAACCCACCCAUCCACGAUGAUCCCUUCUCUGGGGACUGCCGCUGGUGUCCUCCCCCAGAUCCCGGGCCCCAGCAGGUGGGAGAGUGGCCCCCAGCUGAGUCCUAUCAGACUGCUGCAGAGGAGGUGAAGAGGGGUUGCGAAGAGGCGCCCAUCCCGGAGCCUGGAGCUACUUGCCUUCACCCUGUAGAGUUUGACUGCUUUAGGAGAGGAGGACCUGCUGGUGGCCUCUGGAGGCAGGAAGCUGGACUGUGGCUCUGUUCCAGCACCUAUGCCCCCACCUCUGGCAGCGUCAUGAGUCAGUUUCAGGUGCCCCUGGCAGUCCAGCCAGACCUGCCAGGCCUUUAUGACUUCCCUCAGGGCCAGGUGAUGGUAGGGGGCUUCCAGGGGCCUGGGCUCCCAAUGGCUGGGAGUGAACCCCAACUCCGAGGGGGUGGAGAUGGGCGGAAGAAACGGAAACGGUGUGGUACUUGCGAGCCCUGCCGGCGGCUAGAAAACUGCGGGGCUUGCACCAGCUGUACCAACCGCCGCACGCAUCAGAUCUGCAAACUGCGCAAGUGUGAGGUGCUGAAGAAAAAAGUGGGGCUUCUCAAGGAGGUGGAAAUAAAGGCUGGUGAAGGAGCCGGGCCGUGGGGGCAAGGGGCUGCUGUCAAGACAGGCUCAGAGCUCAGCCCAGUUGAUGGACCUGUUCCAGGUCAGAUGGACUCAGGGCCAGUGUACGAUGGGGACUCACGGCAGCUAAGCGCCUCAGGGGCGCCAGUCAAUGGUGCUAGAGAACCUGCUGGACCCAGUUUGCUGGGCACUGGGGGUCCUUGGCGAGCAGAGCAGAAGCCCGACUGGGACGUGACCCCGGGACCAGCUCACACUGCUCGCCUGGAAGAUGCCCACGAUCUGGUGGCCUUUUCGGCUGUGGCCGAAGCUGUGUCCUCUUAUGGAGCCCUCAGCACCCGGCUCUAUGAAACCUUCAACCGUGAGAUGAGUCGCGAAGCUGGGAACAACAGCAGGGGACCCCGGUCAGGGCCCGAGAGCUGCUCUGCUGGCAGCGAAGACCUUGACACGCUGCAGGCGGCCCUGGCCCUUGCCCGGCAUGGCAUGAAACCACCCAACUGCAACUGCGAUGGCCCAGAGUGCCCUGACUACCUCGAGUGGCUGGAGGGGAAGAUCAAGUCUGUGGUCGUGGAGGGGCGGGAGGAGCGGCCCAGGCUCCCAGGGGCUCUGCCUUCCGGUGAGGCUGGUCUUCUGGCGCCAGUCACCAGGCCACUCCUCAGCUCCGAGGCCCCUCAUAUAGCCCCUCCCCCGGAGGGCCUGCCCCUGUCCCAGAGCGCCCUGAGCAUCGCCAAGGAGAAGAACAUCAGCCUGCAGACCGCCAUCGCCAUCGAGGCGCUCACACAGCUCUCCUCUGCCCUCCCCCAGCCGCCUCACGCCACCUCCCAGGCUUCCUGCCCCCUUCCUGAGGCCUUGUCCCCUCCUCCUGCCCCUUUCAGAUCUCCCCAGGCCUACCUCCGGGCUCCCUCGUGGCCUGUGGCCCCUCCUGAAGAGCACCCACCCUUUGCUCCUGAUAGCCCUGCCUUCCCUGCAGCAACUCCUAGGACAGAGUUUCCCGAAGCCUGGGGCACGGACACCCCACCAGCAACUCCCCGGAGCUCUUGGCCCAUGCCCCGCCCAAGCCCUGAUCCCAUGGCUGAACUGGAGCAGCUGUUGGGCAGCGCCAGUGAUUACAUCCAGUCGGUAUUCAAGCGGCCCGAGGCCCUGCCCAGCAAGCCCAAGGUCAAGGUUGAGGUACCCUCUUCCUCCCCAUCCCCCAUUCUCCAAAGGGAGGCCCCCACACCGUCCUCAGAGCCCGAUUCCCACCAGAAGGCCCAGACGGCCCUGCAGCAGCACCUCCACCAUAAGCGCAGUCUGUUCCUGGAACAGUCCCACGAUGCCUCCCUCCCCCCUCCCUCGGAGCCUCCUCCCGGCUGGUGGGCACCACCCAGCUCACCUGCCUCACGGCCAUCCGACAGACCACCCAAGGAGAAGAAAAGGAAGCCCCUGGCACCAGCUGGAGGUCUCGUGGGAACAGACAAAGCUGGCCCUGGGAUCAAGCCCAGUGUCCGGAAGUCCAUGCACAUCAAGAAGUCCAGGCCACGGGAAGCACAGCCCCUCUUCCCACCUGUGCGGCAGAUCAUCCUGGAAGGGCUGAGGUCCCCAGCCUCUGAGGACGUGCAGGCCCAUCCACCCGCCCCCGUUCCUGCCUCACAGGGCUCCGCUGUCCCCCUGCCCCCAGAACCUUCUCUUGCGCUAUUUGCACCUAGUCCCUCCGGGGACAGCCUGCUGGCCCCUACUCAGGAAAUGAGGUCUCCCAGCCCCAUGGCAGCCCUGCAGCCAGGCUCCGCUGGCCCUCUUCCCCCUGCCGAUGACAAGCUGGAAGAGCUCAUCCGGCAGUUUGAGGCUGAAUUUGGGGAUAACUUUGGGCUUCCUGGCCCCCAGUCUGUGCCCAUUCAGGACCCCGAGAACCAGCCAACCUGUCUCCCAGCCCCCGAGAGCCCUUUUGCUACCCGCUCUCCCAAGCAAAUCAAGAUCGAAUCUUCAGGGGCUGUGACUGUGCUCUCAACCACCUGCUUCCAUUCAGAGGAGGGAGGCCAGGAGGCCACACCCACCAAGGCCGAGAACCCACUCACACCCACCCUCAGUGGCUUCCUGGAGUCACCUCUUAAGUACCUGGACACACCCACCAAGAGUCUGCUGGACACACCUGCCAAGAGAGCCCAGGCCGAGUUCCCCACCUGUGACUGCGUAGAACAAAUAGUGGAGAAAGAUGAAGGUCCGUAUUAUACUCAUCUGGGAUCUGGCCCCACGGUAGCCUCCAUCCGGGAACUCAUGGAGGAGCGGUACGGAGAGAAGGGGAAAGCCAUCCGGAUCGAGAAGGUCAUCUACACGGGCAAGGAAGGGAAGAGCUCACGUGGCUGUCCCAUCGCAAAGUGGGUGAUCCGCAGGCACACGCUGGAAGAGAAGCUGCUCUGCCUGGUGCGGCACCGGGCGGGCCACCACUGCCAGAAUGCCGUGAUCGUCAUCCUCAUCCUGGCCUGGGAGGGCAUCCCCCGAAGCCUCGGAGACACCCUGUACCAGGAGCUCACCGAGACCCUCCGGAAGUACGGGAACCCCACCAGCCGGAGAUGUGGCCUCAACGAUGACCGUACCUGCGCUUGCCAAGGCAAAGACCCAAACACCUGUGGGGCCUCCUUCUCCUUCGGUUGCUCCUGGAGCAUGUACUUCAACGGCUGCAAAUACGCUCGGAGCAAGACUCCUCGCAAGUUCCGCCUCGCGGGGGACAACCCCAAAGAGGAAGAAGUGCUCCGGAACAGUUUCCAGGACCUGGCCACCGAAGUUGCUCCCCUGUAUAAGCGUCUGGCCCCCCAAGCCUACCAGAACCAGGUGACCAAUGAGGAAAUAGCGAUUGACUGCCGCCUGGGGCUGAAGGAAGGACGGCCCUUCUCCGGGGUCACGGCCUGCAUGGACUUCUGUGCCCACGCCCACAAGGACCAGCAUAACCUCUACAACGGGUGCACGGUGGUCUGCACCCUGACCAAGGAAGACAAUCGCUGCGUGGGCAAGAUCCCCGAGGACGAGCAGCUGCACGUACUGCCCUUGUACAAGAUGGCCAGCACGGACGAGUUCGGCAGUGAGGAGAACCAGAGCGCCAAGGUGGGCAGCGGGGCCAUCCAGGUGCUCACCGCCUUUCCCCGCGAGGUCCGGCGCCUGCCCGAGCCCGCCAAGUCCUGCCGCCAGCGGCAGCUGGAGGCCCGGAAGGCGGCAGCCGAGAAGAAGAAGGUUCAGAAGGAGAAACUGAGCACCCCUGAGAAGAUCAAGCAGGAGGCCCUGGAGCUGGCUGGCAUCCCCGCCGACCCAGGCCUGUCUCUGAAGGGCGGAUUGUCCCGGCAAAGCCUGAAGCCCUCCCUCAAGGUGGAGCCCCAGAACCACUUCAGCUCCUUCAAGUACAGCGGCAACGCGGUGGUGGAGAGCUACUCGGUGCUGGGCAGCUGCCGGCCCUCCGACCCGUACAGCGUGAACAGCGUGUACUCCUACCACUCCUACUAUGCACAGCCCGGCCUGGCCUCCGUCAACGGCUUCCACUCCAAGUACGCGGCGCUUCCGUCACUGGGCUACUAUGGCUUCCCAUCCACUAACCCCGUCUUCCCCUCGCAGUUCCUGGGUCCUGGCACCUGGGGGCGCAGUGGCAGCAUCAGCAGCUUUGAGAAGAAGCCAGACCUCCACGCUCUGCACAACAGCCUGAGCCCAGCCUACGGUGGUGCUGAGUUUGCCGAGCUGCCUGGCCAGGCUGUUCCCACAGACACCCACCGCCCUGCUCCACACCACCAGCAGCCUGCUUACCCAGGCCCCAAGGAGUAUCUGCUUCCCAGGGUCCCCCAGAUCCACCCAGUGUCCAGGGACCCCGCUCCCUUUGUACAGAGCUCCAGUUGCUACAACAGAUCCAUCAAGCAAGAGCCGGUAGAUCCGCUGGUCCACGCCGAAUCUGGACCCAGAGAGCCUGGCAAGUUGGGCAAAAUGCCUUUGCCCGAGGCGUCUCAGAACGGGGGACCCAAUCACCUGUGGGGACAGUACUCAGGAGGCCCAAGCGUGUCCCCCAAGAGGACUAGCAGCGUGGGUUGCAGCUGGGGUGUGCUCCCUCCUGCGGAGAGCCCUGCCGUCGUCCCCGAUAAGCUCGGUUCUUUCGGGGCUGGCUGCCUGACCCCUUCCCACUUCCCAGAUGGCCAGCAUCAGUGGGGGUUAUUCCCCGGCGAGGGACAGCAGCCAGCCCCGCAGCCUGGAGGACGGCUGCGGGGCAAGCCGUGGAGCCACUGCAAGUUUGGGAACGGCACCUCGGCCUUGGCUGGGCCCAGCCUAACUGAGAAGCCAUGGGCGGUAGGAGCCGGGGAUUUCAACUCUGCCCUGAAAGGUGGUCCCAGAUUCCAAGACAAGCUGUGGAGCCCCCUGAAAGGGGAGGAGGGAAGGAUUCCAACCCCGGGGGUGAGCCAGCUGGACAAAGCCUGGCAGUCCUUUGGCAUGCCCCUGGGCCCCACUGAGAAGCUGUUUGGGGCCCUGAAGACCGAGGAGAAGCUGUGGGAUCCCUUCAGCCUGGAGGAGGGGACGGCGGAGGAGCCCCCCGGCAAGGGCACGGCCAAGGAGGAGGGGGGCGGCGGGGGCGGCGGCGCUGCUGGGGCCGAGGAGGCAGAGGAGGAGCUGUGGUCCGACAGUGAACACAACUUCCUGGACGAGAACAUCGGCGGCGUGGCCGUGGCCCCCGCUCACGGCUCCAUACUCAUCGAGUGUGCCCGGCGGGAGCUGCACGCCACCACGCCCCUCAAGAAGCCCAACCGCUGCCACCCCACCCGCAUUUCGCUGGUCUUCUACCAGCACAAGAACCUCAACCAGCCCAAUCACGGGCUGGCCCUCUGGGAGGCCAAGAUGAAGCAGCUGGCCGAGAGGGCGCGGGCGAGACAGGAGGAGGCCGCCCGGCUGGGCCUGGGCCAGCAGGAGGCCAAGCUGUAUGGGAGGAAGCGCAAGUGGGGGGGCGCCGUGGUCCCCGAGCCCCAGCAUAAGGAAAAGAAGGGGCUUGUCCCCACCCGGCAGGCGCUGGCCGUGCCCACGGACUCAGCAGUCACCGUGUCCUCGUACGCCUACACGAAGGUCACGGGCCCCUACAGCCGCUGGAUCUAGGUGCCAGGGCGCCAGGGAGCCAGCGUACCUCAGCGUCGGGCCAGGCCCGAGCUGCCUCUGUGGUGCUUUCGCCCUCACACCUGGGGGCGGGUUGGGGGUGCAGAAGUCUUUUUAUCUAUAUAUACAUAUAUAGAUACGCAUAUAUAUGUAUUUAUGGUCCAAACCUCAGAACUGACCCGCCCCUCCCUUCCCCCCAGUUCCCCAGCACUUUGAAGAAGAAACUACGGCUGUCGGGUGAUUUUUUUCGUGAUCUUAAUAUUUAUAUCUCCACGUUGGUUUUUUUCCUCCCUUGUUUGGGGGGGGCCUUUUAUUUUCUCUUGUUUUUAAAACUCUAUCCUUGUAUAUCACAAUAAUGGAAAGAAAGUUUAUAGUGUCCUUUCACAAAGGAGUAGUUUUAAAUUCCAUUUAAAAUGUGUAUUUAUUGGAUUUUUUUAAAAGUGACAAUUGUAAUGGUAAAGGAUCGGCAGGAAAGGCCAGAAGCGCUCAUUCCUGCCCAGUCGUGCUGGGCCUGGUGAGCCUGGCCCUCUUGGGAGCUGACAAGGUUCUCUCAGCCAUCGGCCCCUCAUGAGCCAAGUGCAGGUUGUAGCCACCCACUGCAUCCCUCCUGACAGACAUGCCUUCCCUUCAGGUGGGGGGGGAGCCCUCAGGACAGCUUCUGUCCUCUCCGGUAGGAUGGGGGAAUCUGUAGAAAAACAGCUGGGGUCCCUUGUCCAGUCACCGGCUUGGAGUCGGGGAUGGGGGCAGGUGCACCUCAGGCCAGGCACCUGAGAUGCCGGCAUAGAUUUUCCCAGAAACCAGGUUGGAAGUAGACAGCUUCAAGCUUGCUAGUCUCCACACUGAAUCCUCUCUGUCCCUUAGCUAUCAAGUCACGUGAUACCGUGGUCCCCUCGGCAGCACCUCGGGAUGGAGCUGGAAUCGAGAGGUUCUCAGGAGCCUUUUCCACCGAGCUGAC